AUGCCUAGGAAUCCUUCAGAAAUACCUAGCGAGCAUCAUUCUUCAACAGAAGACAAUCGUAGCAGUUAUGUUUUAGGACAUGUUCGAAUAUCUGACCUAGGACUUGCAGUUGAGCUAAGAGAUAAUGAACCUAUAAAAGGACGUGUUGGCACGGUUGGUUAUAUGGCGCCAGAAGUUAUCAAAAAUGAACGCUAUUCAUAUAGUGUCGAUUGGUGGGGAUUGGGUUGUCUAAUAUAUGAAAUGAUCGAAGGAAAGGCACCUUUUCGGCAACGGAAAGAAAAAGUGAAACGUGAAGAAGUGGAACGGCGAGUUCAUGAAGAUCAGGAAAAGUAUUCAGAUAAAUUUAGUGAAUCUGUCAGGACUAUAUGCAGAGGUCUUCUACACAAAGAACCAGGAUUUCGACUUGGAUGUCGCAGAGUUGGUAAACCGGAAGAAGGUGCUGAAGAGUUGAAAAGCCAUCCUUUUUUUUCACAGGGAGAUAUGAAUACGGGUAGAGAAGCGGUACCUUGGAAGAAAAUGGAAGCUGGAAAGUUAACACCACCGUUUUGUCCUGAUCCUAGAGCAGUAUAUGCCAAAGAUGUGCUUGACAUCGAGCAAUUCAGCACUGUUAAAGGUGUAAGAUUAGACGCAACGGAUAAUCAGUUUUAUGGGAAAUUCAGCACCGGAUCUGUUUCAAUACCAUGGCAGAAAGAGAUGAUCGAAACAGAAUGUUUCCGAGAACUCAACGUGAUGGAACAAAAUGGUGAAUUAGUGUGGAAUUUGCGUAAUGACUCGAUUAGGGGUGAAAAUAGCAAAAGUGAAUCUAAUAACAAAUUUGGAUUUCUCGCACGACUGUUCAAGCGAAAAACCGAAUUUUAA